CGCACUGGGAGCUACUACACUUGUCAAGCUGCUCAAGCAAGCUACCUGUUCAAGGGACGUCCCAUUCGAAAUCCGCCUGUCAACAAGACAGCCACGCUCGUAGGCUAUUCUGUUUAUCGCGCGACCUCGAAACUACCCUAGCCAGACUCCACCGGGCUCGCGGACCUUCCCAAUCGGCCGCGCGACCCUCCAGGCAGCUCCCGACCUCUCGGCGCCUCCAUCACGAUCUCGAAAGGCGCAUCGCACGCACCGCCCCGAGCCGUCGCAGCCAUGGCGUUCUUGAUACUGGUCAUUGGAGACCUGCACAUCCCAGAUCGCGCCCUCGAUAUCCCUCCCAAGUUCAAAAAGCUCCUCGCCCCGGGAAAGAUCGGCCAGACCCUCUGCUUGGGCAACCUGACGGAUAAACACACGUACGAGUACCUCCGGACCAUCGCCCCGGACCUCAAGAUCGUCAAGGGCCGCUUCGACGUCGAGGCCACCAGCCUACCCCUGACCCAGGUCGUCACCCACGGUUCCCUGCGCAUCGGCUUCCUCGAGGGCUUCACCCUCGUCUCCAACGAGCCCGACCUGCUCCUCGCCGAGGCCAACAAGCUCGACGUCGACGUUCUCUGCUGGGGAGGAACCCACAAGUUCGACGCCUUUGAGUACAUGGACAAGUUCUUCGUCAACCCCGGCAGCGCCACAGGCGCCUUUACCGCGAGCUGGGGCAAGGACGGCGAGGAACCCGUCCCAAGCUUUUGCUUGAUGGACGUACAAGGCAUCUCCCUCACUCUAUACGUUUACCAGCUACGGAAAGACGACAAGGGCAACGAAAACGUGGCGGUGGAAAAGGUGACAUACACGAAGCCCGUGGAGCCGACUGCUGCGCCAUGACUUACGACAAACGAUGUGAUUCGAAAAGGCGGAUGCUUGGAGAGGGGACGGGAGAUACCAGCCACCGCUAGCUGGUUGACAUGAUUCAAGACCGCACGGCAUAGGGCAAUGAUGAUCA